AUGUCUUUUCCCGAAACUAUUUCUAUAGAAGUACAAGCUCAACUACAGACUCAAGUACUACUGUUUCGAUCGACCGUCCACCGACAUUACCUAGAUAAAAUGCCACCACCACAGCUCUCCCCCGCAAUCCAAACCAUCUCCAACGUCCGUCUACACUCCCACAGUCCAGAUCCAACAACAUACGACCUCACGUUCUCCAACGAGCAAACCCUCAGCUCCAUAGCCCCUCACACUGAUACUAAGACCUCCCCAAACACAUCCCCUCCGCCUCUGGCUCUCCCGGCCCUAACCCACCCCCACAUCCACCUGGACAAAGCGUACAUCCACAACUCCACCACCAUCCACCCCCAAACCGGCUCUUUCCAAGAAGCCCUGACCUUGACAACCCAAGCCAAAUCUACCUUCACCGAGGCCGACCUCCACCGCCGCAGCGAAUGGCUCUUAUCCGAAUCCCUCCUCAACGGCGUCACCGCCCUGCGCGCCUUCAUCGAAAUCGACGCCACAGUCCACCAUAAAUGCCUCACCACAGCCAUCCACCUCAAACACUCCUGGCGCAACCACUGCCACAUCCAACUCGUCGCCUUCGCCCAAGACCCCCUCUUCUCAGGCCCCAACGCCCAAGCCAACCGCGAUCUCAUGCACUCCGCAUUCACAGAACACGGAGCCCACAUUGACGUCCUCGGCACGACACCCUACGUCGAAUCGGACCUUGAAUCAGCAAAAAAGAAUAUCCAAUGGGCCAUCACCACUGCCUGGCAAUUAGACAAACAUCUCGACUUUCACCUAGAUUACCAUCUUGACCCUACCAAGGGCGCCUUGGUCUGGUACGUAUUGCAAUGUUUACGGGAUGUGGGCUGGGUUAAGGCCCGGACGCGGAAGAGGGUUAUGCUGGGCCAUUGUACCAGGUUCACGCUUUUUGGAAGUGAUGAGUGGGAACGGUUGAAAUUGGAAAUUGGGGAUGGGGAGCAUGCCCUACGGGUUAGUUUUGUGGGUUUGCCUAGUAGUGAUUUGUAUAUGGCUGCGCCUCCCUGUGCCCUUCCCCCUUCUUCUUCGUGUGAUUCUGGAUCUGGAUCUGGUUGUGAUGUGAAAGAGGGUGGAGUUGGUGAUAGAGUCCGUGGUACAAUACGUGUCCCGGAACUGAUCAGACGAUAUGGACUCGACGUUGUUCUCGGGGUGAAUAACGUAGGCAAUGCCUUCACGCCCUGGGGAUCGGUUGAUCCGGUGGCGUUGGCUUGUCUCGGUGUUGGUGUUUAUCAAGCUGGGACUGUGAAGGAUGCGGAGUUGUUGUAUGAGUGUGUUUCUACGCGGGCUAGGGCUGCCAUUGGGUUGGAAGAGGAGUCGGAGAAUAGGGUAUGUGUUCGGGCUGGGGGGAGGGCGGAUUUACUGUUGUUUUUUGAUGUGGAUGAGUCGGGUUGUGGAAUUGUGAGGCCGAGGAGGAGUGUUGCGGAGGUGGUUUGGGAUCCUCCUAGCAGAAUGGCUAGGGCUGUGGUUUCGGGAGGGAGGUUGGUGCGUGGUAGGGGGGGUUUGUGGGAUGAAGAUGUUUUUGGGAGGCAAUAA